AUGUUACCAUAUCAAAUAAGAAAAUGUAAUUGGGUUUCCAAAUAUUAUAUAUUCAAAAUGAUAAAUGGAAAACUUUUAAAAAAGCCUUAUAUUUCUCCUUUACUUUUCAAAAUUACUCAUGUAGAAGAUAAAUCUAAAACUGAAAUCAAUCAAGCUGCUGAAAUUAGUCAAAUUAAAAAAGGAUUAGAAGAUUUAACUAGCUUAUUUGACAAAACCGAAGUUGUGAAAAAGCUAAAUGAGCCAUGA